AUGAGGCUCUAUUUGCGAUCCUUGCCAACCUUUGAGGAUCGGUUGCGACCUUCCGAUGCUGAGGCUCUUUUGUCUUUUCUCACAGUCCCGUACAUUCGAAUGCCAUUAAUGCUGGCGUUUUUCACCUCUGCAGACCGAGUCAACUGCUUGUUCAGUGAUACGCUGCGUUCUAUACUGCAUGCGGUCAUCCUGGAGCCCGGCAAGUUUCUCAUGCCUGGGCGCUGGCAUGAUUGCCCGCAAAUGGUUCCAGCUGCAAGCGCAGCAGAGGCUGAGUUAUUGGCCACCCCGUUUGGACAGCUUCUCACCGAGCUUUCUUGCUCGCCAAAAAUGCCGUUGUCACUCUCUGGCCGCUUGCUGGAGCUUGCACUCGUUUUGGCAAACUCAGUAACAUCUGACACUGUUGGAGUGGUUCUGUUUGCGAUCCGGGUGGCUGCACGAGUGGAAUCAGCAACAUCACUGCUACUUCGAGCCCACAGCGGUGGCAUUCGAGUGAGAAACUCAGAGUACGAAAAGCAGAAUGCUGAGAUGGACAAGCUGGCAAACGAGCACGAGAACGUGACUUUUCUGCUGGUCAAUUUGAAGGGGAUUGCUGAUGGCCAAGCCUACAAGGCCGACAAGGGCUUGUCAAGUCCCAAGCUCAUUCAUGCAGCAGGCCGACCUCCUAACGAGUAUGGCCUCAAGUACAUCCCUCACAAGACUAUCAUCGGAAAAGACGGCAACAUCAUCAAGAACUUUGAUGGCGUGAACUUGCCAUCAGAUGUCAAGAGCCUUUAG